AUGCUCGAUGCAGCAUCAGGUGGAGCUCUAUGGGCUAAGAGCUAUGAUGAAGCUUAUGAGUUGAUUGAGAUGAUGGCCGCGAAUAAAUCUAAAAAUCCUACUCAGCGUCUUCAUCAGGUCAAGGCAGCAGGUGUUCUAGAUGUUGAUGCUACUACAGCCUUGACUGCUCAAAUUAAUGCUCUUACUAUGAAGAUAGAUUCCUUAGCUAACUUGGGAGUUCAACCACCACCUAAUGUUUGCGAGCUUUGUGCGGGUGCACAUUCUUCUGAUCAGUGUGCUAUAUCUAGUGAAUCUGCUCAGUUUGUGAGCACCUUCCAGAGGUCUCAGCAGCCAGCACCAGCCACUUAUCAUCCCAAUAACCGGAAUCAUCCGAAUUUCAGCUGGAGCAACAAUCAAAAUUUCAUGCAACAACCGCAGCAACAGUUUCAGCAGCAAGGAGCUGGACCUUUCAACCCUUUUGGUUUUCAACAACAAUUUGCACCGAGGCAGCAACUCCAACACCCUGGAUUCCAGCAACAUAAUCAUGGGGUGGUUGGACAGUCUUCCAACGAAAGAUCAGAAUUGGAAGAAUUAAGACUUAUGGUUAAAAGCCAAUCGGUGUCAAUCAAGACUUUGGAGAAUCAGAUCGGGCAAAUUGCUAAUGCGUUGAUUAAUAGACCACCAGGAACUCUUCCUACUGAUACUGAGGCCAAUCCGGGCAAGAAGGAAGUGAAGGAACAAGUACAAGCUGUCACCUUGAGGUCCGGAAAGGUUACGAAGGAUAAAGAAUCAGCAACAGAGCGAAACAAGGAAGAGAGUGAUCAACAGGUUGAAACACCCGUACUCUCAUCUGAGUCUGAUAGUGAAAAAACUGUUGUUGACGCUGACAAGAAAGAAUUCAACGAGGAAGCAAGCAUGGAAUCAGCCGAGAAGUCUAGUCCUAAAGCUGAUAUUGGGGUCAAGCAAAAAUUGCCUCCGAAACUUAAAGAUCCCGGAAGUUUCACAACACCGUGUACCAUUGGACCAUUGUCAUUCGACAAGUGUUUAUGUGACUUGGGAGCUAGCAUUAAUCUGAUGCCAUUAUCUGUCUUCAAGAAACUUGGUUUGCCAGAGCCGAAACCUACAAACAUGUACUUACAACUGGCUGAUCGGUCCAUUACAUACCCGAGAGGUAUAGUGGAAGAUGUCUUGGUUAAGGUGGAUAAGCUCAUCUUCCCUGCUGACUUUGUCAUUCUAGACUUUGAGGAGGAUAAGAAGAUUCCCAUCAUCUUGGGAAGACCGUUCUUAGCUACAGGACAAACUUUGAUCGAUGUGCAAAAAGGAGAGCUUACAAUGCGAGUUCAAGAUCAGAGUGUCACUUUUAAGGUGUUUAACGCAAUGAAAUUUCCAACCGACGAAGAAGAAUGCUUUAAGGUGGAGCCACUAGAAGCUGUUGAAAAGUCUGAGAUGGAGCAAAAGCCAAGGCCAUGUACCUUAGAGAGCGUCUUAACAGGGGAUUCUGAUUUCGAAGAUGAAGGAGGAAGAAUUUCGGAGAAGGAUAUUAAGGCUGAAGAGUGUGAGCUGUUGAGUAUCCAGUAG